CGCCUGCGCGCAUGUGCAGUUAGUUUUUGUCUCUGGCAUCGAUCGCUUGGCUAGCGGUAAAAAAAUAUAUUUAUUUUUAUAUACACAUACGAUCAACGAGAUACGAGAUACGUGGGUGCACCUCAGCGAGCCUCAAUCCGUGCCGAAUUACUAAAAUAAAAAACAAAUUAGUGCUAAAAAAAAUCAAAUAAUAUAAAAAUAAAAAAAACAAAAACAAAGAAUCGAGUGUAAAAAGUUUCUAAAAUCGAAUUGAAUAUAUAUCCCUAGUUCUUUUUUUUUCAAGUGCUAUUUCAUUUUAUCAAGCCUCAAAGUGAUCUUAACAUAGAUAAAAGUAAAUAAGAGAAACAACGAGUGUUCUUGUUUUUUUUUUUACCUGUCCUGGACAGGAUCUAUCAAUCGAUCAAUCAGCGUACUGUGAGCCCCAGCUCGACCCGGCUCGCACUUGAGACUUUUCCUGGGAAAUUUUGUGUAUGCAUUUGCUGCGCCGACACUGAAAAUGGCAACUCGCAGCCAGCUGACAACUGCUUUGGGCCUGGCGCUGGCAGCGCUGCUAGUGACCGCUGCCGUUGCGCUGUCGCCGCCGCAGCCAGCUGAUCACCUGGUGCCGCCGCCCGCGCCCGUUGCACCACCCGCACCGCCAUCACCGGCGCUGCCUGUAGCGCAGCGACUCACACAUGCCGGCUACUCGGAGCCACAGCCACCCGAAGGUGGCUUCAUGACGCGCGUCGCCCGCUGGUUCGGCCUGGGCGGUCCGGGCUCAGCGCCGCGUGAUCAGCAGCUGAGCGCCAGUGGGCUGAGCUAUGCCUAUCCGAAGCCGACGCAGCAUUUCACGGCGGACGGCAAGCCGUGCGGCCUGUGCAACAAGUAUCCCUGGGUGCCCAUGUUCGGGCAGCAGCAUCAGCAGCAGCACCAGCAGCAGCAUCAGCACCAGCAGCAGCAGCCACCGCCGCCACCUCUGCAUCUGCAUCAACAGCAGCUGCCACAGCAGCAGAUCUCUGCCUGGCAGCACCACCAGCAGCCCUUGGCGCAGGCCUCGCAGCACCGCCAGCGCGCAGUGCAGUUCCAGGCGCCACCCCAGAGCGUCUUCCUGCCCAUCUCGCUGCCAGUGCCCGGACUGAGUCAUGUGGCCAUGCCUCCACUCUACAAUGCGCAGCCAUUCCGACCGCUGCCACAGCCACAGCCGCAGCCACAGCAGCAUCAUCUCUAUCCGCUGGAGAAUGUUGGCGCUCACUCGGAGCUGCGACCUGUGCCUGCGGUGCCAUCGACCACGCCUCAGCCGCCGCCCAGACAAUCGAGCAGCAGCAGUAGCAGCAGCAGCAGCAGCUUUGAGAUUGUGCAAAGCCAUCAGCUGACAGACUUUGUCACCUCCGUGGAGUAUCCGGCCACCUAUGUGCAGUCGCAUGCCAUUGACCUGGGCCAGACGGCAACGGCAACGCCGACGGCCACAGCGCUGCCUAAGAAUCACAGACCUCUCCAUCAGCUGCAGCAACAGUUGCAACAGCAGCAGCAACAACAGUUGCAACAGCAGCAACAGCAACAGCAGCAACAGCAACAGCAGCAGCAGCAGCAGCAGCAGCAGCAGGAGCUGGAUAUAAGCACUGUGCGCUAUCAGCUGGAGGACCUGAGCAGCGGUGCAGUGCAUCAGCAUUUGCCUGCCUCGCAGCUCCUCACCGAGCUGGGCCACUUUACGCCCAUCACCGUGGAGACGCCGACAACGCAAAUUCCGGCCGCAGACAACUAUCCGGCCGCAUCGUCGCAGCAGCAGCAGCAGCACGAGGAGGAGCAGGAGCAGCAGCACCUUUACUAUGCCGAACAGUACCAGGACCUAACGGAGACGAGCACCGUGACGCCCGUGUACGAGUCGCUGAUCUAUACCACGGAGCAACCGGCACCGGCUCCGUCGGCUGCUGUCGAGCUGAACAAUCAUCUGGUGUCGCACGGGCGCGAUGGACGGCAACGGGAGACGCCCAAGCGGCUGCUCGACUCGCCCAUCAAUCAUGGCCAGGCGCACGGAGCACCGCCGCCACGCCCCUUCACCCGUGAUCCCGCCGAGCUGAGCUUCCGGCACGAGCAGCCGACGCAGACGCAAGCGCCGACGCCGACGUCCACGUACGGUGCGAUCGAUGCCAGCGGACAGUAUGCGGGCAUGUCGCCGCCGGGGCCACAGCAGGUGAUCAUACCGUAUACGACCAAGCAGAAGCCACGCCCCUUCGAGCCGGUCAACUGGACGCCCGGCUGGCGGCUGCGGCCGAGCCAGGAGAAUGAGCUGCACGAGCAGCAGGAAUCGAAGCUGGUGAGCACGUCCGCAGUGACAGUGGCUCCACCACCAAACACGCGUCGCACCACCAAAUAUCUGACCAAAAUCCUGGCCUCCAAUCUGCGCGAGCUGCUGAAGCGGGAGCGCGAGACAAAGCGACGGCCCGCCCACUUUGGCGUGGACAUCUCGAAGCUGCAGCACAACAUCGACGGCUGGACGGAGCAGGAGUACAAUUCUCUGUCGCACCGCCCCAGCACGCCGACCAUACGCGGCCGCUCCAAGCACAUACCCACGGAGUACUUGACCACAACGACGCCGGCUACCCCGACGGCCACAUCGACGGCGCUGCGUCAGUCGAAGACGACGCGCAGCGGUGUCGCCGGUGGCUUUGAGCUGGGCAGCGGCGCCACCUCGAGCCUGGGCAAUGCCGGGGAUUUGUCCACCUCGAUUAACAAUCUGGAGCAGCUGCAUCUGCGACGCUUCCCGUCCGUCGAGGACAAUCGCCUGCUGCCCGACUACCACGAGUCGUCGCAUCGCACCACGCCCAUGCCCUCAGCCACGCCCACGGCGACAACGACAACGCCAGCGCCCACGGCGGAGACGACGCGCGACUCGAUCACGCCCCUGUACAUGCGCACCACCGCCUCCACGCCGGCGCCCGUCGAGCUGUGGAAGCAGGCCAAGGUGGCCAUUCUGCCCCAGACCAAUGAGAAGGUGUACGUCGUCACGCCACAGCCGCGCCAUCAGCCCCAGCACAGCGAGCUGGCCGCAUCGGCCUCGGUGCCGGCGCCGGUCUACCAAACGCCGGGGCCUAGAUUUCCACGUGUGCGACCCACACCAGCUGCGGCAACAGUCACCAGCGAUGUAAUGGCCGCCACGCCCACGCCCGCGACAGAACAGGUGCGCAACUAUACGCCGGACAUAUUUGGCUUGAUGGGUCUGUCCGCCUAUGUGCCAGCGGAGCCAGUGGAGAUCAUUGAUGGCAAUUCCAAAGUAAAUCGCAAUGCAGCAAACCGUUGGCUUUGAUACGUAAUCAUAAUGUUUGCUUUGUCUCGAACACACUCACACACACAUAUGCAUAUUAUUCAUGAUUCAUCACUGCAUCCACAUCCGCUCACUCGACACUCACAUACACACACACACACUCAGGUAAUCACAAUUGUGACAGCGGCGCCCUCGGCGGCUGCGCUGCAGCGACCAACACCAAAGUCCACGAUAUCGCCUAGACCCAGAUAGAGCCAAUGCCAGGACGCAGCCCUCCAGGACUCAGCCGGAGCAGAGAGCAGAGAGCUCCUGAGUUCCGAUUUCCCAAAGCGGUUCCAUUGACCAGAGCGGCGCAUCUAUUGUAAUAUAUUUCCCCAGGCCGAUUCGAUGGAUGCUUGCACCUGACUUAUCGUGUUGCGAAUUUAUUUUGUAAGCCUUAAACCAAUUUUAGAGUAUUUUUGCAUUUGGUAGCUUUACACGUACACUUAGUUUUAUCCGUAUUGGUAAUGUGUUUUACUGCUACAUAUAUAUAUUUUUUUUGUUUUUUUUUUUUUCGUGACGUGAACUUUAAUUGUAUUUCAAGUAUAUACAUAUAUAUAGGUAAAUAUAUAUAUGCAUAUAUAUGUUCGUAGCAAUAUGGAAAGUCUAGUUUGGCCACGCCCCAUUGUCACGUGCGUGUGGGGGCGGCUGCGCAGUGUGUACGUAUGUUUCUAAUUACUUAAGCGGAAUAAAAAGAUUAAACAAAACCACAGAAAAAAAUGAAGAAAAUAAGCUAUUGAAAUGCUAUCAUAAGACAUAUAAAAUGCGAAUCGAAAGUCACUUUUAUGUAUCUAAGCUGAGAGAAUUGCAACUUAUUCAAUAUAUUAAAAUAAACGUAAUAUUUGUACGUGCCUU